CACGUGGAUUAGUAGACAAAGGGAUCGAUCAUUCGCUGCCAAACAAGACAUCCGAGGAGACGCGCUCCACCACGCUCUUUGACCUGCUCUUUGACCUGCUCUUUGACCUGUCCGACAUAUAUAUAACAUGAUCCUCAGUAGCAUGGGCGUUUUAGAACCCUCGUCCUUUCCACUGCUCUACUAGCAUAUACCAGGCCAUCAUGCUCAUGUGUGAUUCGCACUAUGCUUCCUCCAGCCGCAUCCACCCUGCGUCUCUGGUGGACCCCGCCACCCAUCCCCAGAGCGUGCUGCGCAUCAUCGAUGCAGAUGUAUCUCAAUAUCUUAUCGACUACACCGUCGACUGCGUCACGGAAGCCGCACACUUGGCCCUCGAGGAGGGAGACGCACCGCCCGUACCCCAAUCAGCGUCUUUGUCUCAUCCCCCUCGUGGCCGUACACCACGCCGCCGUCGCCGCAGUAGCUGCGAAGUGGACGACCGCCGGCGUCUUACCGACUUCGUCUCGACCCUCGUCGCGCGCGCACAGAUCACGGCACCCACGCUGCUCGUCGCACUGAUCUACCUUGCACGUGCCCGCGGGACCAUGGCCGUCCGCAGCCUCGCGGGGCUCCUGACGCAGCGUCUUGUGCUCGGCGCGCUCGUGCUCGCGAGCAAGUACACGCAGGACGGCGCGAUGCUGAAUGGCCACUGGGCAGUGUGCACCGCGGGACUGUUCACGACGCGUGAGGUGGGAAGGAUCGAGCGCGAUCUACUGAGUGUGUUACGCUGGGACCUGGGCGUCAGGGAGGCGGAGGUGGAGGUACAGUGUGAGAAUGUGCAGAAACAGAAAUGGGCUGACGCGGCGGGAGAGGGUGGAGUAGCAGAAGCCCAACUCUUGUCCGGACGCACUCGAUCGACGGGUAAUCGUCACCGGAGAAGGAUGCCGACGAUGUGUGCUGUUCCGGACCUGGACUCGAGCCCUGCAAGCAGCUGCAGCAGCCUUUCACCCCGCACGCCGGAGGACCUCUUGCGGCCCUCAUAUCAUCCGAGAAAGAUGUCCCAGUUGACGAUGUCUAUGAUGUAUGCCGUGGAAGAGGGUGUUCCCGGCAUUCUCGUCUCAGGGUAGCGUGAAUGUUUUACCACUCUUUUUCAUGGCUUUGCCGCCCCUGCCGCCCGCGUCAUCGUGUUGCCCGCCAUGGAUCCUACACAGUACGCCGUUGUACUGUACACGGUGUAAACUUGUCAUCAUGCGCCUGCACGUGCUCUUGUUUUUGAACAAUAGAAUUCUCCCUCCGUACCCACAAAUUACGUGUGUCGAAUGCGCACGGAGAAUGCUCAGACGUCGGGUCCCGAAUACCAAGUGAAUCAACGGGCCAAGAAACAGCCAAGCUUCUCAGAUGAUGCCGAGCCGUCAUCAUGAUGACGCGCGCUUCACUCUCUUCCCACAUCCAUCCGAGACCGACGCAGACCGGAACCCCAUAAUCCGCUUCAUUCCCAUUCGCUGGACGACCUCUAUUAUAACUAUCGAAAUCAGACCGCGCAUCAUCACGGAACGAUCCUGAGCCCAGUGCAGGCAUCGCAUCUACCUUGGUGCCGUGCGGUUCAGGAGGGUGACAAAUACGGCCAGCUUGGACACUCCUUUAUGCCUCCCUGAUCUUCCGUUUCUUCGACCACUAUGACGCUACCACAGAGCGAGUCCGCUGCCCCCUACACGCCCGCUCUUGGGUAUCUCGGAAACCUCACGGGCGCGCAACAAAGCAGCCUAGAUCGAUUACGCGAUGAGCUGAGGCGCGAUGCGGUGGACUCGAAGAGCGGGGAGAGGAUGGACGACGAGACACUCCUGCGGUACGUCACGCCCGUCUGUGUGUUGUGUGCGUCUCGGAUGAUGUUGAUGCUUUAUGCCACCCGUUGCCAGCUUCCUCCGCGCGCGGCGCUUCGAAGUCCCGGCCGCCAAGGAGAUGUUCGUCUCGUGCGAGGCGUGGCGCAGAUCCUUCGGCGCGAACGACAUCCUCGCCACGCUCGACUUCGCCGAGCUGCCCCUCGUCAACCGGUACUGCCCGCGGUACUUCCACAAGACGGACCGCGACGGGCGGCCGAUCUACAUCGAGAGCUUCAAGACUGUUGACGUCGACGCGCUGAAUCGCGUGAGCAGCGUCGAGCGGCAGCUGCAGCGGCUCGUGUACCAGUAUGAGCGCACGCUUCAGACACGCCUCCCAGCAUGCGCCGCGCGCGCGGGGCACGCGGUCGACGCGUUCUGCACGAUCAUCGAUCUCGAGAAUCUCUCGCUGGGACAGUUCUACCGCGGCAAGGACUACCUCGUGCGCGCCGCGUCGAUCGGGCGGCACCGCUACCCGGGGAUGAUGGGCAAAUUCUAUAUCAUCAACGCGCCGUGGGCGAUCUCUGCUAUGUCCGCCUUUGUCAAACCGCUGGUGCACCCCGACAGCGCUGCGAAGAUCGUCGUGCUCGGGACCGACUAUCGGCAGACAUUACUAGAGCAGAUCCCUGCGGAAAAUUUGCCAAAGGAGUACGGAGGCACAUGUGAGUGCGGUGGGGGGUGCACGAUGAGUGAUGCGGGGCCGUGGAGGGACUCUGGGCACAAGGUUCAAUUGAACUGAGGUGUGACACCGCUAUUUUUGGGCAAUUAUCGCCCAGCUUAGAACUUAAUACAUCCGUCUUGCGGUCUGUAGCGCUACUAUUUCUAAUGUACCGGUUUAAGACUGAAACUCAGCUUGUAAAACGCGUAAUGGCUUCUGGCCGAUGAGCGGC